AGUUAUUCUAAUUAAAUGGGCACCUGACUUAAUUGAGGCGUUAACGCGUAUCCUGCUAACGUUAGUUCUUGUUUACCGUAUACGUAAAGUGUUUUCAGACUCGGACAAUAUUUAAACUAUGUCCGACAAAACGGAGGUGAAUUUAACUGGAGUCAAACAAAGUAAAGGCCUGUGGCUUGUCAAGGUCCCCAAGUAUUUAUCUCUGCAAUGGGACAAGGCCACAGAAAAGGGAGACGUUGGAAAGAUUACCAUUGGAAAGAAGCAAGGCAAAACGGAGGUACGUUUCAGCCUGAAUGAGGAGCUGACGGCCGUCGGAGCUGUGGGGGAGCAGGAUGCAUCACUGCAGGUCCCAAGGGAUCAUCCCUUCACAAUGCACACAGUGGGUGGACAGACCAUGGCUGUCUUCAGCCAGAGCAACGCAGAUGAAAUCAGUCUGGAGGGGAUGGUCGUGCACAGAGCUGAAUGCAGACCGGUCGUCAAUGACAACUACAUGAAGCUGAAGAAGCUGCAGAUUAAAGCAUCCACCAAGCCUCAGCGUUUGUCACAGCAGCUGGAGAGAGCCAUCACUACCGUCUUCAAGCCUGUGGCCAAUCACGAUUUCAAUGUGGAGCACGAGAAGAAGAAGAAGUCGGAGGGGAAGAUGGUGAGGGCCGAGUGGCAGGUCGUGUUGGACAUGCUCUUCUCUGCCUUUGAGAAGCACCAGUAUUACAACAUCAAGGACUUGGUGGACAUCACCAAACAACCUGUGACCUACCUGAAAGAAAUUAUGAGGGAAAUCGGGACGUACAACAGCAAGGGGGCUCACAAAAGCACCUGGGAGUUGAAGCCAGAGUACCGACAUUACCAGUCCGCUGAGGAAGAGGAGAUGCAGACGGCCUAGUGCCUGUUCACAUUUGUUUUGACUGACUUCAUGAAUAUAGAUGUCAAAAAGGAAAUACUGUUGGUUAUGCAUGUUUGAGUUUGUAAUAUUUAAGUUAACAUUAUCAUUGUAGAAGUUUACUAUGCAUUAGCGAGCACAGCCCUUAAACAUGAAUAAACACAUUGUUCAUAGUGA